AUGUCUCCCUUGCUCUUUGUGAUGGGAGUGAAGUAUCUUUCAAGAAGCAUGAAGAAAGUGGGAUCCCUGGACAAAUUUAGAUUUCAUGAGAAUUGUAAGAUCCUCAAUUUGAACCAUCUUAGUUUUGCUGAUGAUGUCCUCCUCUUCUUCCAUGGAGACUAUCAGUCAAGUUAUCUUAUGUUGUUAGAUAUGCUUCUUUUUUCUAAAACUUCUGGUCUAUAUCCCAACAAGAAUAAAUCUGAAAUAUAUUGGAGUGGCAUGAAGGAAACUGACUUCUUAAGAGUAGUCUCCAUUUCAAAUACCUUGGCAUGCCUAUCAACUCUAAAGGAUAUCAGCUAA